AAGGAUCAGUUGUUUUUUCAAGUCCGAGCGAAGAUGAUGUUCCUCAAAGAGUGCAGAUCCCAUUUGCUUUUGCUCCUGCUUCUGAUGAUCAAAGGAUCGCGGUGUGUGCCAGCCUUGGAUGCUUCUCCUCAGGUAGCCACUCCCAAUACUAUCGAAGAAUCGGACAAUCUGGUGGAGGGAAGUGGAGAGCCUGCCAGUUCUUCCACAAGUUCUACACCUUCCGCCAACAAUGAAACAAGCUCACUUGGUACAGAGACAAAUGAGCCAGCAGUGCCCGAUAAUAUAGCCAGUGGAAGCAGCAUAAGUCCCACGUCCAUUUACGCCGGAGGAGUCAUCACGCCGGAGGCCUUCCAGCAGUAUCUGAGCCAGUACGGCUAUGCUCCGUUUCCUGGUCCGUAUCCGGCCCCUGUUGGUGGAGCAGCACCUGGCAUCUAUCCCUAUCCCGGACCCAUUGUGGUGCAGACGGGCUACGAGGGAUUCCUGAUGCCCACCAAUGAUGCCGGGCCGACGGAGUCGGAUAGCACCACUGUCGCUGCUCCGGCUUCACAGUCAGGAUCCUCGAAUCCCCUGCUGGCCUUCGCCUCCAACCUGCUGCCCACCAUCCUGAUGUCCACGCUCUUCCGCAUCGCCGCCGUGCUCUUGUCCGCCGUGGGAAUCAUCCUCUUUGGCGGAGCAAUCACCAGUGCCCUCUGCAAGGUCACCCCGAUCUGUGAGAUUCCCGCCCGUGCUGUGAAUAUCCUGCGCACCGGAGGAGCCCAGGAUGUGGGUCGCAUGCUGGCCGAGGAGAUGACCCCGGAGCGAGUGCGUCGGGCAACGGUAUUCGUGCGCAACGCCAUCCAGAAGUACCGCCAACUCCAGAAACUCGUGGAGGCCUCGGAGGCGCUGACCGAAUCUGAAAACUAGGAAUGUGUUUAGUUUUAUUAGGUUUAGUGCUGGCUCGUUAAUUAGAUGGAAUGCGAAAUAUACUUUUAAUGACGCUUUUAAAAACGA